AUGGCUAAAGCUAAAGCUGAAUCAGUAAGGGAGACAUACGAACAACUACAGAAAAAUCAGGAUAUGAGACAACUGGUACAGAUAGGCAAAUCAAGAGAUAAAGCUUCUAAGGAUCUAACAGCAAUAAAACAAAUGAAAGAUGAAACAGGAAGAAUUCUGCAUGACCAUGGAAAAAUAAUCCAAAGGUGGUUGAAUUAUUUUGAGAAAUUGCUGAAUGAAGAAAAAGUAAGAGUGAAAACUGAGGAAGGAGGGGCAAACGAAGGAUUAAUAAUGAAUAUAAGUAGAGAUGAAGUCAAACGGGCACUUGAAAAGAUGAAAAAUGGGAAGGCAGUUGGCCCAGACCAGAUCCCCGCUGAGGUAUGA